CCCCCCCCCCUCCUCCUCACACCGACAUGUCUCCCCCCGCGUCGGUUCUCUCGCAGUCCGUGCGCCGGCCCUUCCGCCUGGCGCACUUCUCCGACCCGCAUGUUCUGCACACCACCAGCCGGUGGGGUCUCCUGCGCACAUGCAUCCGCCCUGCCCUCACGUCGCACAAGCGCUUCCUCGGCCUGUUGAACCUGGUCUUCAAGCGCGGCCCGCACACCUUCAACCGGCGUCUGCUGACGCACGGGCUGGCCGAUUGUCAGGCUCUCCGGCCGUCGCCCCUGCAGACGGCAUACCUGUCAACCAUCCCGACUUCGGCCUCAGGCGAGCUUCCCCCCAUCAACGGGGUGGACCACAUUGUCAUCUCCGGUGACAUUACCAACUUGGCCACUCGCAGCGAAUUCGCCACGGCCGCUGACCUGCUGGAGCGGGCCGGCCUGUCCAGCGGCGACCGCCUCUCCCUGAUCCCAGGCAAUCACGACAUCUAUGUGCCCGACAGCCUGGUUGAUCGCUUCUUCCACCGGGUGCGUGCUUGCCAUGGUUCGGCAGGUUGCCGAGCGCGCCCCCGCCCGACGCAUGCGCUCCUCUGCGGCCCCCGCGGACCUGGCUGCCACUUCGCCUUUCUCACCUUCCCUGCCCUCUCUUCCGGGUCUUUUUUUUGUGCUGCUUCUCCGGGAUCAGUUCUUCGGCCAGUACAUGUCCUCCUUUAGCAUCCCCCCUCGUAGCCCGACCCCGAUGCUCAAGCAUGAGGAUGCUUCGACGGUUGCUUCGCGCGACCUUGGCGCUUCGUUGACGACCAGCGUCGCGCCGGCCGUGUCCGGGGCUGUCCCUCAUGAGGAGGCCGAACGCCAAGGGCUCCUGCCGAAGGGCGACCAGAAGGACCCGACUGCUGGUACCCUGUCCGGGGCCAUUCUCUCUGGCGGGGCUCUCGAGCACCAGGGGUUCCCCUAUGAGCGGCCGCUGCCCGAGCACGGCGUGCUGAUUGUGGGCCUCUCGUCGGCCGUUCCCCAGCGCCCUCAUUAUGCCGGUGGCCUGCUUGGCAAGGGGCAGCUUGACCGCCUUGAUGCCAUUCUCAAGCGCCCGGAGUAUGCCGACAUGUUCAAGGUCGUCAUGGUUCACCAUCCGCCGGUCCCGCGCUACAACAACCCCAACCGUGAGCAGAGGGAUGGCCUUCUUGACCAGGAGGAGCUCUGCCGCAUUCUCCGUCUCCACCGGGUGGACCUCACCCUGAAUGGCCACAUGCACCGGACCUACUUCGAGCCGCUGCCCGACACGCCGACCUACUCGGACGGCUCGCCGCAGUCUUGGGUCGGUGAGCCGGGGAGCUGCACCUUCAACAGCAACUACGGCCCCAUGCGCGCACGGUACAACAUCUAUGAGAUCGCCGAUGGCCGGGUCCAGCGCGUUGUCUCGCGGUUCUUCGUCACCCCGCGCGAUGCCGCCCAGGAGGAGAAGUUCUCCGAGCACAUGCUCGACGAGGAGGUCCUCUACGAGGCGCCGAAUUACGUGUGCCAGGAUUAGGCUCGCCGAGACUCAGCUGGGCUGAUCUGCUGGUGCCCCGCGCCACUGCCCGAUUCCCUCCGGCCGGGGGGUUGCUUCUCUCCUUGCCUCUUUCUCCCUUUUGUUGUGAUCCUCUCUCUCUCUCUCUCCCUGCCACCCAGCCACCCCCUAGAUCUCGUUUUUUUUUUGCCGAGAAAUACAAAUCACCCAAUGCA